AACUUAUCAGAAACUCAGGUUUUCUGUCUUUAAUUUUGUUGUUGUUUUUCGUUUAGGGCGACUAAUUAUGUAAAUAACGAAAAGAUUAGGAAAGUAUAAAAAUAAUGACUUGUUUGUUGUAUUUUUUUCUAUUGUAACGAGUAUUACAAUGCAAUUACUGAAACAGGUCCGUGUUGUGUAACAUGCAAUUAAGUACGACUCGAGUGCCGAGUGCGGUUUGACUGUUGACAUAUUGUAACAACUCUCGGAACUGUUCUGUUCGACCUGUUCUCACUUCUCACUCAGACGAAGUAUAAAACUGCGACAAUGUCUUUGGGGCUGAAAGGGAGAGCUUUGCAUUUUGUCUUUAAGAUCGGGGAUCGGGCCGAAUCGGCGAAAUUCUACAGAGACAUACUCGGCAUGAAGGUUCUUCGACAUGAAGAAUUUUCAGAAGGUUGUGAAGCUACUUGCAAUGGGCCUUAUCAGAACCGCUGGAGCAAGACAAUGGUCGGCUACGGUGCUGAAGACACUCAUUUUGUCUUGGAACUCGUUUAUAACUACGGUGUGAAAGAAUAUCAAAGAGGAAACGACUUCCUUGGGAUUUGGAUAAAAUCGACGGAUGCUAUCGUGAGAGCCAAAGCAUACAACUGGCCGAUGAAAGCAGAAAAACAAGGUUUCGCACUAGAAGCUCCAGGAGGUUAUCCGUUUUACAUCGAGGAUGGUGAUAUUACAAAAGAUGAAGACCCGAUACAACAAGUGACAUUAGCAAGCUCAGAUGUAUUGAGAACGACCAAUUAUUGGAAUGGAUUAUUGGGGUUGAAAAUUUACCAAGAGGACCCGGAGAAAGUGAUCUUAGGCUACAGCGAUAAAGAUGUAAAAUUGAAGUUUGUAAAAAGAGCUUCUGUCGUAAGGGAAAAGGCAUACGGACGGAUAGCAUUCUCCAUACCUGGCAAUAUGCAGAAAAAGCUAGAAGAAAGGAUGAAAGAGACUAAAAACACGAUUUUAACACCUUUGACCUCCCUGGACACACCUGGAAAAGCGACCGUCUCGGUUAUCAUUUUAGCGGAUCCAGAUGAUCAUGAGAUAUGCUUUGUUGACGAUGAAAACUUCAGAAAGCUAUCUGAAUACGAUCCGGAGAGUAAUGGCAUGCUCAACCGUUACAUAAUGAAAGACAAAUCCAUGGCUAAAUGAAAUAACAUUUUUAGCCUGCCUAUGAAAUUUUUUUUUUGGAAAUUAAAUGUUUAACAAUAUA